CUGAAGCCGGCCGCACUCGGGAGUCAGGCGGUGCAAGGGAAGGCUUUGAUGUUUGUCAUCCUUGCUAUCAGCGAGAUAAGAGACCUGACAGGUGCAGACUACCAAAAGAGCCGAUCCAGCUGAGUUACGGAACAUCUUCUUGCAGAAAUGUUAUACUGCAGAUUAUAAAAUUAUGCCAGUGUUGAAAAGGAUGGAGAGAGUUACAUGACCCCAGGAGAUUUUGUGCAAAGAUACCUUGGACUGUAUACAGAACCUAAUUAUAAUCCUAAAACAAUUCAGUUAUUGGCAGGAGUGGCAGAUCAAACAAAGGAUGGGUUGAUCUCCUAUCAAGAAUUUUUGGCAUUUGAGUCAGUUUUGUGUACUCCAGAUGCAAUGUUCAUUGUUGCUUUUCAGUUAUUUGACAAGAGUGGCAAUGGAGAGGUGACAUUUGAAAAUAUCAAAGAAAUUUUUGGACAAACCGUUGUUCAUCAUCACAUCCCCUUCAAUUGGGACUGUGAGUUCAUUCGACUGCACUUUGGACACAACAGGAAGAAGCAUCUUAACUACUCAGAGUUCACUCAGUUUCUGCAGGAGCUACAGUUAGAACAUGCAAGACAAGCCUUUGCCAUAAAAGACAAAAAUAAAAGUGGAACGAUCACUGGAUUGGACUUCAGUGAUAUCAUGAUUACCAUUCGUUCACACAUGCUCACUCCAUUUGUGGAAGAAAACUUAGUAUCAGUAGCAGGUGGAAGUAUUUCACACCAGGUCAGCUUCUCCUAUUUCAAUGCUUUUAAUGCCCUGCUGAAUAACAUGGAUCUUGUUAGAAAAAUAUACAGUAUUAUAGCAGGUACAAGGAAAGAUACUGAAAUCACAAAAGAGGAAUUUACCCAGUCUGCAAUCAAAUUUGGACAGGUUACACCACUGGAAAUUGAUAUCCUCUACCAGCUUUCAGAUUUAUACAGUGCUACAGGGCGCUUGACUUUGGCAGAUAUUGACAGAAUAGCACCUUUGGCGGAAGGUGCCUUGCCUUACAACAUAGCAGAACUUCAGAGGCAGCAAUCUUAUGGAGAUAUGGGCAGGUCUAUCUGGCUCCAGAUAGCUGAGUCUGCUUACAGGUUCACUUUGGGCUCAAUUGCUGGAGCUGUGGGAGCCACUGCUGUGUACCCCAUAGACCUCGUGAAGACACGUAUGCAGAAUCAGCGCACCUCUGGUUCAGUCGUGGGAGAGCUGAUGUACAAAAACAGCUUUGAUUGUUUUAAAAAAGUUUUGCGUUAUGAAGGCUUUUUUGGUCUUUAUAGAGGUUUGUUACCACAGCUUAUAGGCGUUGCUCCAGAAAAGGCUAUUAAGCUCACAGUUAAUGAUUUUGUCAGAGACAAAUUCACUCGGAGAGAUGGUUCCAUUGCAUUAUUGCCAGAGAUCCUUGCUGGGAGUUGUGCAGGGGCAUCACAAGUCAUCUUCACUAAUCCACUGGAGAUUGUGAAGAUUCGGUUGCAGGUAGCGGGAGAGAUCACUACAGGGCCCAGAGUCAGUGCCCUUACUGUUCUAAAGGACUUGGGGAUUUUUGGUCUUUAUAAGGGUGCCAAAGCGUGUUUCCUCAGAGACAUUCCCUUUUCUGGAAUCUACUUUCCUGUUUAUGCUCAUAGUAAACUUAUGCUGGCUGAUGAAAAUGGCCAUGUGGGUGGGUUGAGUCUCCUGGCAGCUGGUGCCAUUGCAGGUGUUCCUGCUGCUUCCUUGGUAACCCCUGCUGAUGUCAUCAAGACAAGACUGCAAGUGGCAGCACGAGCUGGUCAGACAACAUACAGUGGAGUUCUUGACUGUUUUGGGAAGAUACUUAGAGAAGAAGGCCCUUCGGCUUUUUGGAAGGGAGCUGGAGCUCGUGUAUUCAGAUCUUCACCUCAGUUUGGUGUUACUUUAGUCACUUAUGAACUUCUGCAGCGAUGGUUCUAUGUCGAUUUUGGAGGACUCAAGCCUUCUGGAUCAGAACCUACACCAAAAUCUCGAAUCUCAGACCUUCCUCCCGCUAAUCCUGACCACAUAGGUGGAUACAGACUUGCUACAGCUACAUUUGCUGGCAUAGAAAACAAGUUUGGCCUGUAUCUUCCAAAAUUCAAAUCCUCUGGUGUUGCUUCAAUUCAACUAAAAGUAGCGGCUGAAUCCUGAGAUGACUUUCUGCCUAGUGAAGUGGUGCAAUGUGGAAAAAAUAUUCAAGAACAGUACCAUAGCUAUUCAUUCAGCUGCAUGUUGCUCUAGCUGACCUGAGAAUUCAGUUCAAAUUACUCCUUUAUGAUAUACAACAUAUGUUUAUAAACUAGUCACUUGCACACAAGAAACAGAUUGAAGCUUUAUUUCUAUGCAUUGACCUUUUUUCUAACUGGUGGCAUGAAUUAGUAACCUAGAUUUAGCUUUGCACAGCUUGCAGUUAAUGUUACUGUACAUAUUGUACAUCUUUGUACAGAGACAUCAUGGCAUCUCUACACAAUUACAUUUAUAUAAUGGGAAUUGCAGUUCUAAAUAGUUUGAAAUGUACAGAAUGUUUUGAAGGUGUUUUAUUAAGAAUCAUGUGACAAUAAAAUGUAUUUAAAA